AUCAAGUAUACCUAUACCUAGACCUACCUUAGUGUUGUUAAGGGGAUACGUUUACUUGCCUGUGAAUGAGAAAAAGUUUGUGAUGUGUGUGAAAGUAUUUUUCAGUGUUUAACUUAGUUUAAUGCAAAAAUUUGACAUUUGUAGAGUGCGAAGAGUGAGCGUGAAUAGCUAUAUAGGAAAGCUUUGACUGUCAUUCGAAUCAACAGGCUUGUAAGAACAUGCUGCUAGGGAAGACAUGGAGCCAAAAGUUAAGCGACUAAAACCGCAUAUGGCAUCUCAGUUCCCAGCUGGGCCGCCUAUGCAAGCCAAUGCAAUGAAUGCUGCCCAGAUGUCGUCAUUUGUUGCUGGUCAACCAAUCACUAUCCACACAGCUUCACAAGGCAUGUAUCCAUAUGCGCAUUGGGCCAAUGCUGCCACAGGUUCACCUCUUGUGCAGUGGGCAAAUGCUGCUACUGGCACCCCUGUGAUUCAGCGUGCUCGUGCUGCUUCUGGGCCAACAGUCAGACAUCGACCGGAUGCUGCGACGGCUGCUGGUCCACCUCUAAUACGCCGAAACACCACUGUACAAUCCAGAGUAUGCCAGAGUGUUACGAACAGGUCUGGCACAUCCAACUGCUUGCCGCCACUGUCUCAGACUUCUAGUGCAGCUGGACUGCCUCUCAUAAAGUGCACUGCUGCAGGAUCACCUGUUGUGCAGCAAGCAACCAACUGCCUAGCUCAAAAAGAUACCUCUGCAGUCCCUGCCAACAGGUCAGCACUACAUGUCACACUCUCUACUUUUGGCUCAUCUGUUCAGGUCGCCACUAUGUCAUCUGACGGUUCUGCGCUGACUGCUGCUUCAGUUUCUUCUGACGGUUCUCUGAUGCGCGCCACUUCAAUUGUGUCUGAUGGGUCAUCACUGCAUGCCACAGCCAUUAUAUCAAAUGGAUUGUCAUUGCAUGCCACAGCUGUCAGUACUGACAAGUCGUCUUUACAUGCAACAGCGAUCAGUUCUGAUCGGUCCUCUUUGCACACUACAGCUGUUAGGUGUGAAGGAUCAUCUCUGCAUGCCACAGCUAUCAAGGCUGCAGGUUCAACUCUUUCCGCUGCAGCAGUUACCUCUGAUGGUACAUUUCCAAGCACUGCUGUCGUUACCUCCAGUGAGUUAGCCAGUUGUCCAAAGCCAAUAAAUUCAGGCAGGAGGUCUCCAGAAGCAGAAGUUGGAGACUGUGAAGGGCCAUCCUCAAAUUCUGUCUCCAUUAAUCCUCAGGGCUCACCUCAGCAGGACUCUUUCACUAACUGCAGCAAAUCAUCUCUGCAUCCUGGAGUCACCAGUUCCAGUACUAACAACUAACUGUGUACAUUUUAUUAGCAAAAACUUGUGGAUAAUUGAGUGUUGAGUCAGUAUUAUUGAGUGUCCAAUGCAGUUGAUAGUUCUAUCAACAUUUUAAGGUAUAUUUAUGAAAAGUAGUGAAGUGGCUUUCCUGUUAAAAUAUUACUGGUAUAUGGAGAAACUUGGUCUGUUUUUUUCAUCAAAUGUAAUGCAGGACAUUUCAAAUCAAUGCACAGUUUGUUGGCCCGCAGUUCAGAGAUUUAGCAAUAUAUAGUCAACAUUUAUGUACAAUAGGGGCAAAAGUUAAAAUGAAUAUCCAUUUAUGAAGCAGAUGAUUGAAUGUUAAACUCUUCACUUACUUACAUUUGUUCUUGCUUUAUUUAAAAUAGCUACUUAAUAAAACAUUUACUCUGCAAUGGAGUGUCUGCUGAUAUAAACUUUCCCAGCAAAUUUGAACUGUUUGGGGCUGGACUCAAAAGUCGGGUGCUCAUUUCUAAUAUAAGAGGAACAUUCUUCCAGGGUUACAGGGCAUUUUUUGUGAAAGGUCUCUGGUAGGUGUUUUACAUAGGCAUAUAUUGAAGACUCUCCAACCCUCUAAAUCAGCACACAUUUAAUAUUGUAAAUACAAUGACAUGAUUUUUAAGUUCAGGGGAAAAAAUAAUUCUGUUGAACAUAUUUUGUUCUGCAUGUAAAUAUUUUUCAAGAAAUCUGAAAAAUAGUUAUGGAAAAUUGAAGACAACAUUAUUAAAAGUAUUGUUAAUGGCCUGCUUACUGUGUAUGAGACUAAUAACCUUUUUUAAUUUGGCACAUGCUGAACUUGUUGUGUUAGAGGAAUAAGAUAGACUGCAAAUUCCAUGUUCCAUAACUGAGUUACAGUAAACAACACUUUGUUUAUGCUCCUAAUAUGCUACAAAAUGACUCUUAAUUUUGAUGAGUGGUGUUCUUUCCUCAUUCAGUAUUACAUUUUCCAUUGUUGUUGUUGUUGUUGUCUUCAGUCCUGAGACUGGUUUGAUGCAGCUCUCCAUCCUGUGCAAGCUUCUUCAUUUCCCAGUACUUACUGCAACCUACAUCCUUCUGAAUCUGCUAAGUGUAUUCAUCUCUUGGUCUCCCUCUACGAUUUUUACCCUUCAUGCUGCCCUCCAAUGCUAAAUUUGUGAUCCCUUGAUGCCUCAGAACAUGUCCUACCAACCGGUCCCUUCUUCUUGUCAAGUUGUGCCACAAACUCCUCUUCUCCCCAAUUCUAUUCAAUACCUCCUCUUUAGUUAUGUGAUCUACCCAUCUAAUCUUCAGCAUUCUUCUGUAGCCCUACAUUUCGAAAGCUUUUAUUCUCUUCUUGUCCAAACUAUUUAUCAUCCAUGUUUCACUUCCAUACAUGGCUACACUCUAUACAAAUACUUUCAGAAACGACUUCCUGACACUUAAAUCUAUACUCGAUGUUAACAAAUUUCUCUUCUUCAGAAACGCUUUCCUUGCCAUUGCCAGUCUACAUUUUAUAUCCUCUCUACUUCGACCAUCAUCAGUUAUUUUGCUCUCCAAAUAGCAAAACUCCUUUACUACUUUAAGUGUCUCAUUUCCUAAUCUAAUUCCCUCAGCAUCACCCGACUUAAUUCGACUACAUUCCAUUAUCCUCGUUUUGCUUUUGUUGAUGUUCAUCUUAUAUCCUCCUUUCAAGACACUGUCCAUUCCGUUCAACUGCUCUUCCAAUUCCUUUGCUGUCUCUGACAGAAUUACAUUUUCCAUUAUAAUAUGAAUAUAAUUUCAUCACAGUCCAUGAAUGUAGUCAUUAUAUUGGUUUUUAUUAAGUGUGUGCAUGGAAUAACUAGCUAGAAAACCUAAAAAAAAAAAGUCUGUGAUGUAAAUUUUUACUGAGAUCUACACAUUGUAGCAUCAGUGUUAGUACAUGACAAUGUGAGUGUCAAUAUGAUAGUACCUACCAUAAUUGUGUGUUGAAACUGAAACAGCAAUGUGUGUUCUAUUUACUGCCUGUAUGCUGGUUGUCAUUAUUUGAAGUCACAGUGAAACUGGAGAAAUAAGAGGGAGCACAGUGUGUGUUGAUGCAGUUGUUCUCACCUGCUAUUGUUACUAUAAAUCUUCCUCCUUGUUCCUGUGAAAUACAAAAUUAUGUCUCCUUUUUGACUGCAUUGUAUUAAUCAUUUUACAUAAUGUAAAUAAUUUAUUAAGGUGCUUAUGUUGUGUGUGUUAAGGUGCUUAUGUUGUACGUGGUCUAGAGAAAUAAAAUUAGUUUCAUCAUA